GCGGCAUCAAAUUGAACAAAAAGUUUGACGCUGCUGAUUUCGCCAUUCCGCUGUACGGCCCGCGGGGGGCGGGGGGGGCGCUGCCAGCAGGGCUGGACGAGUGCAACGGGCACGUGGGCGACGGCAGCGCGGGCGAGCCGGCGUUCUACCACUACCACACCACCAGCACGGCGCCGUACACCGUGGCGUGCCUCAAGGGCUGCGUCUCCGCCUCGGACUGGAGCAACGUGGGAUCCGCCUCCUGCACCAAGGCCAGCCAGCAAUACGACUACUCAUCCCUCGCAGCCGUGCAGGCAGCAUAGCCUCUCUCGUGUUGUGCCAGCAGUGAAGCAUGCACCACCCACGAUCACUGGCUGCUGGGGCUGUUGCUGCUGGCUAAAUGGUUGUCUGCUGCGGUUAAAUGGUUGUUUGCUGCUGGCUUAGGGCGUAUUCCUAUGAACCGGGAUCAAAAUCAGACUCGUGCCCUACUGUGCCAUGCAAGUGUCGGAAUCGCGUUUCAUUGCAGUCCUGCGCGAGUCUGAUUCUGAUCUUGGUGCACUCGAUGACUUGGCUGCAUGUUUGCUGCCGAAUCACUGUCCGACGAUUGCCUUCCAGCGGUUACCAGCCAUGUGGAGUGUUUCCA